CAAUCUGGCAACCCUGAUCCUCUGAGUUCACACGGAGCAACCUCUGUACAUGCUUUUAACUUUCUGAGCACAUAUUUCAGCACAAAGGACGAUGGUUCACGCUAAGUUUUGGACACUUCGCCAGCACUUUGUGGGCUUUCCCAAGGACAGUGACUUUGAACUGAAAGAAGAGAAUCUUCGAGAACCACAAGAUGGAGAGGUACUGCUGGAGGCUGUUUUCUUAAGUGUGGAUCCAUAUAUGAGGCCAUACAGUCGUAAUCUCAUGAAGGAAGGAGAUACAAUGAUUGGAACCCAAGUGUCCAAGGUGGUCCAGAGCAAAAAUCCUAACUAUCCUGUGGGCACUUACGUGGUUGCAAACUGUGGCUGGAGGACACACUCUCUGUCUGAUGGCUCUGACCUCAGGGUGAUUCACUCUGAUUGGCCAAAGGUGCUGCCACUGUCUUUGGCUCUUGGGGCCAUCGGCAUGCCAGGACUGACUGCUCUCUAUGGUCUCGAAGAGGUCUGUGAGAUUAAGGCAGGAGAAACCCUUCUGGUUAAUGCUGCAGCUGGAGCGGUGGGCUCUGUGGUUGGACAAAUCGCCAAAAUCAAGGGUUGCACAGUAGUGGGCUGUGCAGGUUCAGAUGAGAAGGUUUCCUAUCUCAAGGAGCUCGGCUUUGACUAUGCCUUCAACUACAAGACCAUCAGCUCACUGAAGGACACGCUGCUAGAGGCAGCACCACAAGGAUACGACUGCUACUUUGAGAAUGUAGGUGGAGAGUUCAGCAGUGCUGUGAUGCCACAGAUGAAGCUGUUUGGCAGGAUCGCUGUCUGUGGAAGCAUCGCCACUUACAACGAUACCGAAUUACAAUCAGGGCCAUAUGUUCAAACUCAUAUGAUAUUUAAGCAGCUGCGCAUGGAAGGAUUUCUGGUUUAUCGAUGGAAGCACAAAGACCAUGAAUCAAUCAAGAGACUCUUGGACUGGGUAAAAGAGGGAAAGCUCCAGUGCAGGGAACAUGUCACUGAAGGCUUUGACAACAUGCCUGCUGCAUUCAUGGCUAUGCUAAAGGGAGCCAACACUGGCAAAGCUAUAGUAAAAAUCUGAAUACAAUAUGAGCCAACUAAACAGCCAAUAAUGCUAACUCAGAAAUCCUCUGAAUGCUAACUCAGAUUGCUAACUCAUAAUCACUUUUUAAAAACUCCCCAAAGCACCAAAACCAUGGUGAAGAGAAAAGCAUCUCAGAAUGCACAACAUGCCAAAAUUUGAGAUGGAUGGGCUACAACAGCAGAAGAGCACAUCGAGUUUCCCUCCAGUCAGCCAAGAACAGGAAUCUGAGGCUAGAGUGGCCACAAGCUCACCCAAACUCGACAGAUGAAAAUUGGAAAAACAUUGUUGCCAAACUGUCCAGUCUGGCACCAGUAACCAUACCACGGUCAUAGUCCCUGAGAUCACAUUUUCCUCAUUCUGAUGUUUGAUGUGAACAUUAACUGAAGAUUUUGAUCUGCUGCCACGAUUACCAUGUUAUGAUAAUUAUUGCAUGAAUGGUUUUACCAAGUUGUAAGGCAAACAGUGUGAUAUGUUAUGUUGCUGCUUUAACAAUAAUCUAAUAAAUUGUUUCAUAAUGUA